AUGUCCUCUUUCAACACCACCGGCUCCAAAAGACGCGCCGAAGACUUUGUUCGGACGCACGACCAUGGCCAAUUUAGCAAAAAGCCUCGCUUCGACGUGCGCAAUCCCUCCGCACUGGCCCCUGAUGCCCCCGAGGAUGAUGCAAUUCUGGACGCCGAUGUCAUCGGCUCACGAGGCCAGCAAGUUCGCCGUGGAGCCGUGAACAUUGAUGGUUACGACUCCGACAGCGACAAUGACAACUUCAACGCUCGGGCCGAUGCAAAAUCUCGUGCGGAGAAAGCUGCGGCUCAAAAGUCCAAGCAAGAGGAACAAGAUGAUAUGUUUGCUGACUUGGAGGAGGAUUUCCGUGAUGGUGAUGAUUCAGAAGGCGACGCGGGUCGGAGAGGCGGGAAGAAGAAGGCCGUACGGUUUCUGGACACAGAUGAGAUCCAAGGGCAAGUGCAGAACUCAAGAAGCGGCGGCCAUGUUUCGGCCGACUUCAGUCUGAACGCAAAAGGCAAGGGAAAGGACAGAGAUCUCGAUGAUGAGGUGGAAAGCAGCAGUGAAAGUGAGGUCGAUGACGAAGUGCGCGCAAGCACAGGCGAACUCGAUCCGGAACUUGGCGCCGGAGGCAAGAAAGCCCAUGCGCCCAAGUUGGAUGCUUUCAACAUGAGGGCAGAAAUGGAGGAGGGCCGGUUUGACGACCAACAGAAUUAUGUCCGCAAAGCAGCAGACCCUGACGCCAUCCACGACGUCUGGCUAGAAGGAGUCUCGAAAAAGCAAAUGCGGAAAGCCAGAGAGGCUGCUGAGAAGCGCGAGGAGGAGCGCAGGAAGCGAGACAUCGAGGAUGAUGCCCUGUCGACAGGGGAAGUCCUAGCUCGCCUAAUACCAUUACUGGAACGUGGUGAAACGGUGUUGGAAGCUCUCGCCCGCCUUGGUAAAAGUAAAGACAAAAAGGCCAAGUGGCAGACCAAGAAGAACAAGAAACAGAAUGUGGACGAAAAGGCCGAAGACGAUACGGUUGAAAGGGCUCGCAAGGAAAAGGUCGAAGCUAUCACAGGGGCUGCUGAUAUACUACUAACACGUGGUCAACCAGAGGUGUACGAUGCUGAAAGAGAGUUGCUCAUCAGGCAGUACAGGAGAGAAACUGGUGAAGAAUGGGUUGAUCCUCAGUCGAAAGACGUUGAAGCUGGUAAUACUAGCUCUGACUCUACAGAACAUAUGUGGGAGUAUCGGUGGACCGAUGCAAGAGAUGGGGGUACCAUCAACGGACCAUAUGCUGGCGAUACCAUGCGACAAUGGAGUGAUGCUGGAUAUUUUGGUGAGGGUGUUGAAUUCCGUAGAGUGGACGGUGGCAACUGGUCUGCAAUAGCCGACUUCACCUGA